UUCACCCAAAGUUAUACACUGUUUGUUUACUGUCUGUCACGUAGUUGUAACAAGUAAUACAAAGUUGGUUUUGUGUGUUCCAUAGUGGUAUUUGUGAACAAGUGAGUUCUUUUGCUGAAUUCUGCUGUGAAAUAUGAUUGUGCCACCGUCAAACGCAGUUUCUGAUGAUUCAGAAGACGACGUUGAAAAUGCUGAAGUAGAUAUCUAUCGCAGGAAGUAUCAACUUCUGUUGGAAAGGUGUGAAGUAUUACAGCAAGACAAUGAAAGAUUGGUGCAUAGAAUUCAGCAUGUUAAGAGGAUGCUGCGGAGGUACAGGAGGGACAGGAAAUUUUUGAUGGAGUGCCUUGACCAGCAUGGAGAUAAUUGGCGGAAUGCAUACCUUCAACUUUCAUUAGAUGAACCAAGCUCUUCUGCAACAGUUAAAACGGAGAAGCAUCAGUCCAAAAAUAUAGAACGGACACCUUCAACAAAGGGAACUGCAGCAAGCGAGAAGAUAAGUCGCAAAUCUGGGAAUAGUUCAACAGGAAAACGUAAAGGAACUAAACAUGCUGAUCCAAAUGCUCCAAAACGGCCAGCAAACCCUUUCUUACAGUUUUGUCAAGAACAGCGGCCAAUUGUUAUGGAACGCUUAGGACAUGAACAAAAAGGAGAAGCAGAAACAUCUCGUCAAGAACUUACAAGGCAGUUAGCUAGUCGGUGGAACACCCUUCCAGCUGAAGAUAAAAAGGUUUACUACGAUAUGUACGAGAAGUCAAAGGAGAAGUAUGCAGCCGAGAUGCAGAUGUAUGCAAAGCGAACCCAGACUCCUGUGGAAGAUGAUGUGUGAAAUGAAAUGAACUAAACUAACAAAUAUACAGCCACACAUGGAAUCAAACACACUGUUUGUUGGUAUCUGUUAUUUUGGAUGGAGGUUAGGAGUGCUUUGUCUUCUUGUGUAAAUUGAACACUGGAGUGAAAUGUGACAUUGGCUUACAACCUCAAUUUGUCACUGUAUUUAUUUUCAUGCCAAUGUAUCUAGAGGCGGUGAAGCCAAUUAAAGAUAUGUGUAAGAAGAGCUUUCUUGGGGAAGUUGAAAUAAUGUAUCACUCCAGUAGAUACCUUUUUACUUAAGCUUGUUCCUCUUGAAUGGAUGGUGGCAGCUACAGGUUAAAGGCACAGACACCCAUUACGGUACACUUGACCAAUGGUGGAACCUGUGUUUGUAAAGUAAAUUUACAAAAAGAAGACAUUUUACUACAUAUUUUUAGACAGCAGUAAAGGGCACGAGUUCUGUGUAGCAUACUACGAGAUGAAACAUGGCUGCAAGAUAGCGACCUGCUGCAGUAAUUCGAUUGUUGGUAGGUCUGGUAUAUCUAUUCCGUAUGAUACUCUGUCACAUUACAGAGCUGCUUCCUGCUCCAUUCAUGGAUGUGACAUGGAAAGAAUAAUAAACUAAAAACUGUUUAUAUGA